AUGACGAGAGAAUUUCAGAGAAGGACACUGCUUUCGUUUAGAUCAAAGCCGCAGUCGCAGCAUAAAAGCAAUGCAUAUGACAGGACGACAACAACUGUGUUCUUGAAUCAAUUCUACACAUUUAAAAACACCUGGGAUCCACCCUACGACCAUGUUGGCGUUGAUGUCAACUCUAUGAAGUCUGUUAAAAAUGUGAAAUGGUGGAGAAAUAUUACGGGAGUGGAACUAAAUGAAGCUUGGAUAUCAUAUAGUUCAAGCACAAAAAUUUCAAGUGUUGUCUUCACUGGAAUUGUCGAUGACGGGACAGUGGAGAAAUACUUUGAUUCUGCACUGGAUUUGAGAUUAUAUUUACCCCAAAGAGUAAUUUUUGGCUUCACUGGGGCCAGCAGUGGAACUGUUACCCACACCACCUAUUCCUGGAAUUUCACUUCAAGCUUGGAAAAUGAUAAUAUAGUUCCUUCAUUGUAUCCGCCGCAUUCUCGGUUAUUGGCUGCUGUUUGUUCGGGGUCUGGGCUAGUUUCAGUUUCAUUUAUAAUUGGGUUUCUUUGGUUGUGUAGGGAUAAGGGCAAAGAGAAAGUGAAAGAAGAUGAAUCCUUCACUGCACAAUUGACAGAACAAGAAUUUGAAACGGCAACUGGGGCAAAGAUGAUGUCAUCUAGUGAAAUGGUUAGCGCAACCAAUAACUUCGAUGAGAAAAAUAAGCUGGGGGAGGGAGGAUUUAGUGCAGUUUACAAGGGGUUUUUGAAAUCUAAAUAUAUUGCUGUUAAGAAAUUCAAAAGGGUGUCCAUCCAUGGGUUAAAGUACUAUGCAUCAGAAGUUAUGAUCACUGGCAAGCUGAAGCUUGAAAACUUGAUUAAACUGAUAGGUUGGAACAACGUUGCUAAAACGGGUGAAAGGGUAUCAAAUUGCUUGGCCUCUGCUUUGCAUUACAUGCACCGAGGAUGUGAACGAUGUGGACUACAUAGGGACAUAAAAUCCAGCAAUGUGUUGCUAGAUUCAAAUUUCAAUGCGAAGCUUGCAGAUUUUGGUUUAUCUCGGCUUGUGAGUCAUGAUGCCAAGUCUCUUGAAGGUUGGACUAAUGGAUACGGGGCUCCUGAAUGUCACCAAACAGGAAAGUCGAGCAAAAUGUAUGAUGUCUACAGUUUUGUUGUUGUUGCCGUGGAGAUUUCAUGUGGAAGAAGAGCAUUUGUACAAAUCGACGAUGGAAACCAUGUACGCUUAGUGAAGUGGGUGUGGGAUUACUAUGAACAAGGCAAUCUUCUGAUGCAGCUGACCAAAGAUUAUGCGGAAAAUUUGUUGAGAAUCAAAUGA